CCGAUCUGUCAGGGAGCUCCCGAGAGGGGUCCGUCAAGGGGAACAAAGAUGCUAAGGAGGAGGACGGGGCUCAAGCCUCGGAGUCGUCUGACUCCGAGGACGAGGGAAGGUUGAAUGGUGAGGAGGCCCAAGAGACCAGCUGUCAGGGGCCUAAGUCGCUUGAUGGGGAGACGCAAGGCUCUUUCGCUGCGUUGCGCCGCGAAUUGCGCUCCGCUCAGCUAGGCUUACGAAAAAGCAGAGAGCUUCUGAGCGCCCCCUGGCAGGGGAGGGAGACAGAACCUUCCGCUCCGCCCUGGAACUCGUUCCCGGAAGCGGUCCCUCGCCGCGAGGCCGCCGCAUGGGAACUCCCCCCUCUUCCGUCAGUACAGGAAAUAACGCACAGGCCGCCAUUUUCUGUUCAGCCACGGCCGCCAUCUUACGAUGCUCCGCCACCGGCGGGACGUUAUUUCCACAAACAGCUGUGGCGUGGGGGUCGUGUGUCUAAUGAAGACCACCCGUUCCCAGGGAUAGAUAGCGGCCCCUAUGGGAUAUAUCCUGUACAGAUGGCCAUGGGUCAGGGACGUAAUGUGUGGGAACCCUUUGAAAUAAAGCAGAUUAGAGAACUUAAAAAUGCAGUUACAACCUUUGGGCCGACUGCGCCUUACACCAUUGCCAUGCUGGAGAACCUGUCUUCUGGGCCCCUCACCCCCGCAGACUGGACUCAGCUGGCAAAGGCGUGUCUGCCCUCGGGUAGUUACCUGGAUUGGCGAGCCUGGUACGCCAAGUUCGCUGCCGAACAGGCGGAAAGAAACGCUAACCGAGGGAACCAGGGAUGGAAUAGAGACAUGCUUAUGGGGGAAGGCCAACACGCUGAUGAUCAGACUCAGUUCCCUGGUGCAGUUUAUGAGCAGAUCAAUACCAUUGGGCUUCGCGCCUGGAAGCAGGUGAGUGGUGCCGGAACGGCAUCCUUGUGCCUUUCUAAAAUAGUCCAGGGCACAACAGAGCCAUUCGUUGAUUUUGUGGCUCAGAUGCAAGAUGCCGCCGAUAAGAUCUUUUCCGAUAGGGAAGUGGCUCAACCGCUGGUUAGGCAGUUGAUUUUCGAACAAUGCACGAAGGAAUGUAAGGCAGCAAUAGCCCCACAUAAGAAUAAGGAUCUUAACGCCUGGAUCAGAAUAUGCAGAGAAAUAGGGGGGCCGCUUUCUAAUUCGGGAGUUGCAGCUCUUCUGGCUGCGGCAGUGCAACAAAGGGGACCUCGCGGGCCUAGAGAGGAACAUAAAGCCAAGGGGUGCUUCAGCUGCGGGGACCCAGGACACAUUAAACGCAACUGCCCAAAUAGUGCAGACGCCAAGCCUCGCCUUAAAAAUGAAGGAUCGUAUAACGUCUGUGGGCGAUGCAGAAAGGGUCCACAUAAGGCAGAGGAUUGCAGGUCAGUUUAUGACGCUCAGGGAAAUCGUAUUUGUGGCCGAGAUGUUAACGAGCCAAAAAACGGCCAGAGGGGGCCCUCCUCGCCGGCGGGCCCCCACCCCCGAGACAGGACAACACAGGGUGGCAGCCUUCCACAAGGGCUACCCCUGGGUCAGCAGGCGUGGACCUCUGUGUCGCCUCCAGACUCAUAUUGACGCCCGAUAUGGGUGUUCAGGUGGUUGAGACCACAUUUAAGGGGCCGCUGCCUAAAGACACGGUUGGCUUGGUAAUUGGAAGGUCCUCUACAGCCCUCCGGGGUCUUACGGUGAUCCCUGGGGUCAUAGACUCAGAUUAUACAGGCAAUGUUAAAAUUAUGGUCCAAACUCUUGUAGGUACUAUGGUAAUCAGUGAAGGGGACAGGAUGGCGCAGCUCCUGCUGCUCCCCAGCCUCCAUAAGAGGUUCCAGUCUAAGCAAAAGACCAGAGGAGAUCAAGGCUUUGGCUCCUCCGGGGAGAUUUUUGAGGGACUCCACAUGACUCUUGACAAGAGGCCCAUGCUUUUGCUUAAGAUCAAUGGCAGACAAUUAAAACAUGGUAUCCCAUACAAUCCCCAAGGUCAAGGAAUCAUUGAGAGGGCUCAUAGAAGCCUCAAAGAAAUUUUACAAAAACAAAAAGGGGGAGUAGGCCAAGGCCUGGCCCCAAAGGCACGAUUAUCCAUGGCACUAUUCACACACAAUUUUUUAAAUUUAAAUAAUGAUAAUUGCUCCCCAGCUAUGGAGCACUGCAACCCUUCCCCCAACCAUAAAGGGUGGGUUAAAUGGAAAGAUGUCCUAACAGGACAAUGGAUGGGCCCGGAUCCGGUAAUCAGCUGGAGCCGAGGCGCGGUUUGUGUUUUCCCACAGGAACCGGGACGAGAACCACUGUGGGUACCGGAGAGACUGACACGGGCAACAAAGCCCUCGACUGAAGAUCAGACCUGCCCUACCGGAGAUCCAUCACAGACCAACCAACAA